GACGUAGCUCUGCUAGGCGUCAAGCUCACGCGGUAACUCUCAUUCCAUCAGCUUCUCAUUCAACCCAUUUCACAGAUUCUAUCUUGCCAAUUUCUGCGGAUAAUUUGAUCUCGGUUACUCCGCUUAUUCAGGAAUAAAGCGAUCCGGCCCUGUUUGUAUCUCGACCAAGCUGUUAGAACGUCAAGAACCGAAUUACAAUCCCAAUGGAGGUCUUACUCGGAAUCACGGGAAAAGACUUUGUCAUCAUCGCAGCUUCCAAAGCUGCCAUGAGAGGCCCAACUGUCCUCAAGGCUACAGAUGACAAAACCCGAAACCUGAGCCAGCACACCCUAAUGGCGUUUUCCGGCGAGCCCGGUGAUGGAGUGCAAUUUGCCGAAUACAUUCAGGCCAACGUACAGCUAUAUUCGAUGCGCAACGACUCGGAACUCAGCCCAGCUGCCGUCGGAAACUUUGUGCGAGGGGAGCUUGCACGGGCUUUGCGCUCCCGAAACCCAUAUACUGUCAACUUGCUGCUCGGUGGUGUUGAUGCUAUUACCAACACUCCCAGUCUUUACUGGGUAGACUACCUGGCAUCCCUCGCCCAGGUUCCAUAUGCCGCACAUGGAUAUGCCCAAUAUUACUGCCUAUCAAUUCUUGAUAAACACCAUCACCCAGAUAUCGAGUUAGAGCAAGGCUUGAAACUCUUGAACCUUUGCACGGACGAAUUGAAGCGAAGAUUACCCAUUGAUUUCAAAGGAGUUCUAGUCAAGGUUGUCACGAAGGAUGGAAUUCAGGAAAUCGAUUACGAUAAUGAAAGGAAAGUGGCGAUUGCAUAAUGAUUAUCAAUCCUGCCUGGUGCAGCGUUGUAUCAUAGCAUUACACUGUUCUUAGGAUACAAAGUUAGAGAUAAUCUUUUCCUUGUUAUGACGAACUACUUGAAGUUUCUAUAUCACUC